AAUUUAUAUAUAUUUUUUGUUAAAAUAUUAUAUCAUUAUCACUUACAUUUUUUUAUCACAUCGUCACGCCAUAAAUUUCCAGUUUUUUUAUCCAUGAAAGGAGUGGUUGGUUUAGGCAUAUAUUUAUUUUGACUUUGACGCACCGAACUAGUAGUCGAGGACUUGCUUCUAAUUUUUGGUUCCUAUCCUGUAGACUAGGAUAUUUUAAUUCCUUAUUUUUCUUGCUUAUUGGUGCAGCUACACCUAGGCAGAGGAGAUUGGGAGAUUUACUCAGUUUUUCCUUUCUUAUUCGUUGAUAGGAUCAAGUUUGUGAGCAUUUCUGUAUCAUCGACAACAACUUGAGUGCUCUGGGAUUGCCUUGCUAGCACUAAUGGCAGCCCUUGUGGGCCUUUCUUGUCUUCUGACAAUAACUGGAUCUUUCCGCUUUAUUGGACUACUCACAGUCUUUUUGUCCAUCCAAGUUCUGGUGUGUUUGUGCAGCAUUGACCAUAAGAAUGAUCCAGAAUGCAACAAACCUUUUCGAUGUGGAAUCAUCCAAGAUCUCAGUUAUCCUUUUCGGCAACGGGGAAGCCCAGAUUAUUGUGGUGAACCGGGAUUUGAGUUAUACUGUGAGGGUGGUAAUCCCAUGAUUACAAUCAGUUCACAAAGUUACCAAGUUCUUGUCUUCAAUAUGUCCCUUCGUACUCUCACUAUUGCUCCCAUUAGUGGGUCGGAUGGGCUGCUUUGUCCCCAGCACCUUGUUAAUACCUCUUUGAAUCUCAGCCCUUUCCAGUCUCUUUAUAAUACCAGAAACAUAACACUCUAUUAUGAUUGUUCAUCGAAUGCAAAUCAGACUGUAGGGCUUGUUGAUCAUCAGUUCAGUUGUACCAUGAAUGGAACUCAGAUCAUAGCCUACUUUGUGGUCACAUCUGCCUUUACCAACCUCUCAGCUGAAGCAAAGGAUGCAUUGAGAUCGUGUCAUAGCAGUGUUCUUCUUCCAGCAUUUGCUUCAAUAUUACAGGUUUUGGAGCGCAACCCAAGCCGAGAAACUCUGGUUAUGGCCCUUGAGAAUGGCUUUGGGUUGCAAUGGAGUGGAAACAAUUCCCUCUCAGGUUCAUCAAAUGGUUUCAGUUCAAAGUUUAAAUUAACCAUAGGCUUCGCAGUGGCUGGAGCUGCUAUUUUGGUAUUCAUUGUUAUGGUGGUUGCUUUCAGGCUUAAGAGAGAAUCAUUGUCAAGAGGAAUGUUAAUGAAUUUCCAACGAGGCAAAAGGAAGCAAUGGAAAAGGAUUGAGGCAUUUAUUUUGCAGUAUGGUUCUGAGCUUGCUCCAAAGCGAUAUUCUUAUUCAGACAUCAAGAAAAUAACCAAGUCAUUCAAGGACGAACUAGGUCAAGGGGGAUUCGGCACAGUAUAUAAAGGUAAAUUACCUGAUGGCCGACUUGUUGCAGUAAAAGUCCUAAGUGAAUCCAAGGGGGAUGGAGAGGAAUUUAUUAAUGAAGUGGCCAGCAUUAGCAGAACCUCCCAUGUCAAUAUAGUGCCGUUCCUCGGUUUCUGCUAUGAAGGCUCAAUAAGAGCUCUAAUGUACGAAUUCAUGCCCAAUGGCUCUUUGGAUAAGUUCCUCUGUAAUCGAGCAUCUCCGGAUAAUUGCCAUCAACUAGAGCUGAAAACAUUGUAUGACAUCGCAAUUGGCAUUGCUAGAGGAUUGGAGUACUUGCAUCAAGGUUGUACCACUAGGAUUUUACACUUUGACAUAAAACCUCACAACAUCCUUCUAGAUGAGAGCUUUUGUCCCAAAAUUUCAGAUUUCGGUCUUGCUAAAUUAUGUGAGCGGAAGGAGAGCAUUCUUUCUACGAUAAGUGCUAGAGGAACCAUUGGUUACAUUGCUCCCGAGGUAUUUUGCCGAAGCUUUGGAGCAGUCUCUCACAAGUCUGACGUUUAUAGUUAUGGGAUGAUGGUCCUUGAAAUGGUUGGAGAAAAAGAAAAUGUUCAUAGUCGGGCUAGUGAUGCGAAUUUUCCUUUAUGGAUUUAUGAUCGUCUCAAACAAGGAGCAGAGUUGAAUCUUCAAGGAAUGACAGCUGAAAAUGAAGAAUUAACUAGAAAAAUGAUCAUAGUGAGCUUGUGGUGCAUUCAAAGUAAUCCAUCGGAUCGACCAUCAAUGACUAGGGCCAUGGAGAUGUUACAAGGAAGCAUUGAAUCUCUGCCAAUUCCACCUACACCUUUCCUGUUUUCUCCCCCAAGAGCACCUGAAAACUCCAUGGCAACAUCAUUAUUCACACGAUCUAAUCUUAUGGAUACCUGUGAAUCAUUUGGUGUUAGCUAUAAAUUAUCUAUGUAAUUAAUCCCAGCUAGCGAACUCUUUAAACCAUGUUCAGUAUGGCUAUAAAAUAUCUGGUUUCAGUCUUCAAUAUGUUACUCUGCUCGUGAUGCUAAAUGUUUCAGUAGCCUAUUUGCAAAUUUUGGAUAUCCUCCUUAAACUUGAAUAUAUUUCAAGAAUCUAUUCAUCUCAAACUUCCAAGAGAUUAAUUAUAAUACUGUAAAACACUCAAAGCUCCAUAGGAAUUGGAACCUUUUCUAUAUUUAUAGAGUAACAUAAUUCUGUGAAACAAACUUGCCUGCUAAGAACUUUUUAGCAAUGGACUUCUUAUUUGAGUUAAAAUUCCUAACAAGUUUAACUUAAAAGUUUAAUGCAAUUGGUUUAUAUAAUCAUUCUAAAAUUUGAAGUACAAAUUUCAAUACUUAUAAUCUUUUCUCUAUAGUGCAGUCUCCUUUCUGCAUUUUGAUCAUCAAACCAGCUUGGCUAUGCUGGGAAUUUUACUGUUUAUCUUGAGCACAAAACCAGCUCCUCCUCACAGUUUUGGUUCUCUGACUUUUUUUUUUUUGGCCAACACAAUUUUGGUUCUUUCACUCGUGGUAUUUUGCACUUUAGCUUUUAUUGCAUAUCGUGUAUCUUGAUAAACAAUGUUCACUCCCUUAUCUAAUGUUGGUAAAUGGGCUUAGGUUCAUAAAAACCUCUUCCUUCAGACAUGACUAUGAAACCAAGCUUGUAGGCCAAGGAAAUUGCCAUUCUGCUUCAUUGUACCAAGAUCUGGC